AUGUGGAAUCCAACCACUAACGAGGUUCACUUUAUUCCUCCGUCUCCUUCGCUCGGUAAUCGUUACAUCGACGAAUCUUUGUGUGGAUUUGGUAAUGCUAAUGAUGAUUUCAAAGUUGUCAAACUCAAUAUCUCUACCAACGAUGGGAGGACGAAAAUGCUUUAUCUUUUAUCGGCCGAAGUUUACAAUAUAAACACUAAAUCUUGGACACUUAUUAUCAAUCAUCCUCCUAUUACUAUGGUCACACGUCAAGAUCCUCCGAGAUACAACACUCUUGUUAAUGGUGUUUAUCAUUGGAUUACUUCAUCUUAUCAAUAUAAAGUUUCAAAUAUUCUCUGCUUUGACUUUCACAAUAAUCAGUUUCAGCAACUUCAAGCUCCAUACUCAAGAUAUCUUGAAUCAUUUUUCUGCGACGAUGUUGCUGCUAUUAAAGAUUCACUUGGAUACGUGGUUCAACAUAGAUUUUCUACUAGGAUUUUGUUGGAAAUUUGGAUUAUGGAACAAGACGGGUGGUCCAAGAAGUAUAACAUUGGUCCAUUCAGUUCAGUGUUUACUAUUUUUGGUCUUUGGAAUAAGGAUGAUGAAAUACUUAUAGGAAAGGUUGGACAACUGCUCAGGUCCUAUGAUCAUCAUGGAAAUGCUCUUCGCCAAUUUCAAAUUGAUAUUUUAGAGGAUGAAUAUUUUUGGAUUUAUGAGUUUGUACCAAGUAUAACUCUCUUGUUAAAGUAA